CCUUGGGGGCCGUCUCAGGGUUGGGGGGGGGGAAGAUGGCGGAGCUGAUGCUCCUCAGCGAGAUUGCGGACCCGACGCGUUUCUUCGCCGACAACCUGCUGAGCCCGGAGGACUGGGACAGCACCUUGUAUGCCGGCCUGGAGGAAGUGGCUGGGGAGCAGACGCAGCUCUUCCGUUGCCAGGAGCAGGAUGUCCCGUUUGACAGCAGCUCCCUGGAUAUGGGGAUGGAUGCCACCCCCCCUGAGCCCCCAUGGGACCUCCUGCCUAUCUUCCCAGAUCUUCAGGUGAAGUCUGAGCCAUCUUCCCCUUGUUCUUCUUCCUCCAUCACCUCUGAGUCAUCACGGCUCUCCACAGAGCCUUCCAGCCAGGCCCUUGGGGUAGGGGAGGUGCUACAUGUGAAGACAGAGUCCUUGGCACCCUCACUCUGCCUCCUAGGAGAUGAUCCAGAUCCUACAUCCUCAUUUGAAACCAUCCAGGUCAAUGUGGGCCACACCUCUGAUGAUCCCUCAGAUGUCCAGACCAAGCGAGAACCUGUCUCUCCAUCUUCCUCCAUCACCUCCGAGGCUUCCCUCCUCUCAGCAGACUCCUCCAGCCAGGCUUUUAUAGGAGAGGAAGUACUGGAAGUGAAGACAGAGUCCCCUUCCCCUCCAGGGUGCCUCCUGUGGGGUGUGCCAGCCCCCUCGCUUGGAGCUGUCCAGGUCAGCAUGGGCCGGUGCCCUGAAGGCUCCUCAGGCAAAGCCCCACUCACCCGGAAGCCACCACUGCAGCCCAAACCUGUGGUGCUCACCACCGUCCCGAUGCCGCCCAGAGCGGUGCCUCCCAGCACCACCGUCCUUCUGCAGCCCCUCAUCCAGCCACCCCCAGUGUCCCCAGUUGUCCUCAUCCAGGGUGCUAUUCGAGUCCAGGCUGAAGGGCCAACCCCCCCUGUUACACGGCCUGAGAGGAAGAGCAUUGUUCCAGCUCCCAUGCCUGGGAACUCCUGCCCGCCUGAGGUGGAUGCAAAGCUGCUGAAGCGGCAGCAGCGAAUGAUCAAGAACCGGGAGUCGGCCUGCCAGUCCCGGAGGAAGAAGAAAGAGUAUCUGCAGGGGCUGGAGGCUCGGCUGCAGGCGGUCCUGGCCGACAACCAGCAGCUCCGCCGGGAGAAUGCUGCCCUCCGGCGGCGGCUGGAGGCGUUGCUGGCCGAGAACAGCAAGCUCAAGUUAGAGUCUGGGAACAGGAAGGUGGUCUGCAUUACGGUCUUCCUUCUAUUCAUUACCUUCAACUUUGGACCUGUCAGCAUCAGUGAGCCUCCCCCAGCUCCCGUCUCUCGGAUGAGUGUGGGAGAGCCUCGGCCCCAGAGACACUUGCUGGAGUUCUCAGAGCAACAGCCACUUGGAGGAGCUGAACCCCUCCAGGGAUCCUCCCACAGCCCUGAGGAGCCCCAGCCUAGCCCCUCGGACCAGCCCAGUUUCAGGAACCUGACAGCCUUCCCUGGGGGAGCCAAGGAGCUUCUGCUGAGAGAUCUAGACCAGCUCUUCCUCUCCUCUGAUUGCCGGCACUUCAACCGCACUGAGUCCCUGAGGCUUGCUGACGAGCUGAGUGGCUGGGUCCAGCGCCACCAGAGAGGCCGGCGGAAGAUCCCUCAGAGGGCCCAGGAGAGACAGAAAUCUCAGCUAUGGAAGAAGUCACCUCCAGUUAAGGCAGUCCCCACCCAACCCCCUGGGCCCCCAGAAAGGGAUUCUGUUGGCCAACUGCAGCUAUAUCGCCACCCAGACCGUUCGCAGCCAGAGUUCUUGGAUGCAAUUGACCGACGGGAAGACACAUUUUAUGUUGUCUCCUUCCGGAGGGACCACUUGCUGCUCCCCGCCAUCAGCCACAACAAGACCUCCCGGCCCAAGAUGUCCCUGGUGAUGCCCGCCAUGGCCCCCAAUGAGACCCUGUCAGGCCGAGGGGCCCCAGGAGACUAUGAGGAGAUGAUGCAGAUCGAGUGUGAGGUCAUGGACACCAGGGUGAUUCACAUCAAGACCUCCACGGUGCCCCCCUCGCUCCGCAAACAGCCAGCCCCAGCCCCGGGCAAUGCCACAGGUGGCCCCUUGCCAGCCUCUGCAGCCAGCCAGGCCCACCAGGCCUCCCAGCAGCCCCUCUACCUCAGUCAUCCCUGACCUCCGCCAGGCACACCGACUUAGAACUAGGGGUGAGGACAGGGUGACCAAGUGGGACUGUUUUCAAUUUCCCGAAUCCCCGGGCUUGGGGAAAUUGGUGAAGGAAAGACAGAGUGGGGGUUAAGCGCUUAUUUGAGGUGGGGGAUUCCCCUUUCUUCUCACAUAUAGGGUUCCUCUCAUUGCUGUGAACCCCCAGUCCCUGCUUCUUCUUUGAGGGUAUUGAGUGAGGUUCAGUUUUGGGGUGGGUGGGCUCCUGUGUCCUCUUCAUUCUUUGGAUUCUCUGUUUGGAGGGUGGAGGUGAGAAUUAAUCCCCAGGUGGGACAAGGGAAGUUUUCACAUUUUAGUGCUAGUUACGGGAGUAAAGGAGGGUGGCGGAGGGAGACCAGGCCUGUGUGUGUGCAUAUCUCCUUUUUUAUUAUUGAAUAAACAACUCGGAGGGAGUUGCAGGAA